UUUUUUUUUUUUUUUUUUUCUCUUUUUAAAAAAUGUUCAGUUCUCGCUUGUCCUUCAUUGGCUCUGGCGAGUCUGCAGCUGCUGCUGGCGCCUCCCAUGCUGCCGCCGUUAGCAGUCUCGCGAGUGCUGGUGCUGGUGCUGGGGCUGGAGGCGGCAUCGGGCGCAAUCACUCGCUGCCCGCAAUGCUGAACGAGGGCAGCGGUGGCGGUGCGCGCGGGCAUCAUCAUCCCCAUCACCACCAGCCAUCGCCGCUCGGCCUCGGCAGCAACAGCAACAGCAAGGAUGCGUCGUCCGCAAGCUCCGCUAUGGCCGGCGCGGCUGUGGCUGGCGGUGCUCAUCUGGAUGCGGCGAGCGGUGGCAGUGCUUCUUCUUCGGCAAUGCUUUUGCACCAGCAGCACUUGCUCCAUCAGCAACAGCAGCAGCAGCAGCAGCAGCAACAGCAGCAACAACAGCAGCAGCAGCAAUUGCAUAGCAUGGUCACGCUCGGCUCGGUGGCAAAGCAGUCGUCGCGUGUCGCUGCGGCGUGGGUCCGCUUCACUUCCGCACUUCGCGAGGCCGCCAUCAUCUUCUUUGAAAGCCAGAAGGACCAAAUCUUUGAACGCCUGUCGCACUUCCCAGCGCGAAAGCUGCUGCUGUCGGCCUCGCCGUUCAUUGCCUACCUGGUGGUCUUUAAGAACUAUGUCUUUCUGCGCCACGCAACAGGCCUGGACGAGCUGAUUGAGCCCAACAUGACCUUUUUGCCCUGGCUGGAGCAGCUCGUCUUCCAGUGCUUGCCGCACCGCAUUCUCGCGCGGUUUGCCAACCCCUUGUUUGACAUUCUGGCUGCCAUUCCGUACCUGAUCCACUUCUUGCUGCCUGCGCUGUUCAUUGUCUACCUGUACGUGACGCCGCGCCGCCGCCGCGACAUUUUCUCCUUUUUGUGGAUUUUCGGCUGGGUCAAUUUCAUUGCGGUCGGCUUUCAAUUCUUCUUCCCCACCGCGCCGCCAUGGUUUACCGACUCGGCCGUGUUCGACUCGAAGGGCGAGCUGCUCGAUGUCGGCCCAGCAGAGGCCGGCUUUACGCGUGUCGACGCCCUGAUUCACUACCCACUCUUCCACAACAUUUACGCCCAGUCACCGCUCAAAUUUGGCGCCUUCCCAUCCCUGCACGUCGGAUGGCCCAUGACUGUCCUUGCCUGUGGUCCCUGGGUGUCCUUCCGCGUCGGCCUGCUCCACGUCAUCUGGAUUUUCUGGGCUGCCAUGUACUCAAACCACCACUACGGCGUGGACGGCCUUCUCGGCGUCGGCAUUGUCCUGUUUGUCUCGUUCAUGAGCACACGGUUCUGGUCGCCCUUCCGCAAGUACACUGUUGAGGGCCACUCCCGUUUGCCCGUGUUUGGCAGCUUUGCUCGCUCGGAAUCCGAGCCCACCACCCUGCUGCGCACCACCGUUGCCUACUCUUAAUUUUUAAACUCAUUUCGAGUUUUUUUUUUUUUUGUUAGUUACUUUUUGUCUUCCGUUUUGGCUUUCUGCAUGACCUGUUUCUUCUUCUUUUGUAUUUUUUCUUCUUCUUCGUCGUUGUCUUUCCGCUGAUCCCUUUGUUUUGUGCUUGUCAUUUCUGGGGGUGAUUGUCAUAUCGCCCGGGUUUGCCAUGCUAUGGCGCGACUUUUGCAAAGUCCAUAGCCCCCCCCCCUCCAAACCAUGUUCCCCAAUGUUUUGAUUCUCGAUUUGUUCCUGUGACCAGUGCUCCUGGAGAGCAGCAACCAUUUCUUUUCCUUUUUCCUUUUUGGCUCUGUGCGUGUGUGUGCGUGUCGUUUUUUUGUGUCAAGGUAUAAUACAACUGGAUGAUUUCAAUACGA